AUGUCGCUGACUGCUCUUACUAUUUCGCCUCGAUCGGGUAGUGAUCGGUGCUCCGAGAACUUCCUCCGAUCACACGGCAUGCUUAAGUGUCUGGCGCAAUGUCACGUUGUGCUUGGCCUUAUAAUCUUCAUUUUGGCGGCACUGGCUGAUUAUGUCAGUUCACGAAUUCCUACAAUUCGAUUGGUUGGUCUCGAGGAAUGUUGCUCAUUCUACUUUAUCUUGACCGGCAUUGUUGGAAUCUGUGGUUCAGCAAGUCAUCGCCACGGUCUGAUUCUGGCAUUCAUGAUUAUGAGUUUUCAUGCUGUCUUCAUUUUCGCACCAACGAUUGUCAUUGUUUCGAGCUUUGACAUACAUUUUUAUCAGGCUGAAUGUUUUGGUCAAUGCGACUGGCAUUUAUUGGCUACCAGUUUACCAAAGAAUAGCAGAUGUCAAAUUUUAUGCGGAGAAAAUAUCGACGAUAACAAAAGAAGCUCAAUGACACGACUGGGAACCGAAUAUCGUUUAGAUGCUGGCAUAAUUGCAGCAGCAAUUUUGCAGUUGAUACUUUCGGUUUUCUCCGCAUCACUGUGUUGCCGUGAUAUAUGCAUGAACUAUCGAAGGGCCAAUAUCCGAGCCGAUGAUGUUUGUUGA